AUGACACCUCCCACGAUGCGCUUCGUGCCUGCCAAGGCUGCCUCUGCUGGCGCGCCUGCGCACAACGGCAGCGCGGCCAAGGGGCAGAAGCGGCAGCUGCCGCCGUCCAACGAAGGCAGCAAGCUCCAGAGACGAGCAGCGCCCAGUGACGACGACAUUGCGCAUCCAAACCUUCGGCCUGACAGCGAGGAGGGGCAGUCCUCAGGCUCGGUGAGCCCGACGUCGCCUGGCCGGCCAUCUGAUGCCCGGAUUGUGUACCGGAGCUUUUGCCCGCUGCCCAUCAAGCUGUUGCCCGGGGUGCGGCUUGAGGCGGAGCAAAACCGACCCUGGCUGAGCGUGGCCAGAUCCAUGCUGCCCAACGCUGGGCUGGGCGUGUUUGCUCUGAGGACUUUCCCUGUCGGAGCUGUCCUGUGCCAGUUUGAGGGCUCAUUGCUAGCUGGCAUCAAGCCGAAGGUCUUGGAAGAUGCUUGCGAAGGCACGACUCAGGCGGCAGCUGGAAGGUACGUGCUGAGCCUUCACAACGGAGGCUGGGUGCUGGACGGGGGGCCGGUGGCCCGCGCCAUUCGCAGAGGCGCCGAGGAGGUGGAGAUGACUGUCCUCACUCCAGGAGGUGAUCACACCACUGAAAGAAGGACGCUAGAGGAUGUUGGCGUCGGCUGCAUGGUGAAUCAUGGCACCAGGGACUCCGCCAACGCGAAGUUCAUCCUGAUGAAGAGCGACCGCAGCGGACUCCUACCCGCAACAGCUUAUUUGCAGGCGACGCGAGAGAUCGCUGCCGGGGAAGAGCUCCUGGCGCGGUAUGGCAACGCUGAGUCCACUGCCUGGGGUUGA